AUGAAUUGGGCUAACGAGAGCUCCCCAAGAGAGUUUAUACUACUUGGCUUCUCAGACAGGCCCUGGCUACAAAUGCCCCUGUUGGUGCUCCUACUAAUAUCAUAUACAUUCACCAUCUUUGGCAAUGUGUCCAUCAUGAUGGUGUGCAUUCUGGAUCCCAAACUUCAUACGCCCAUGUACUUCUUCCUCACUAAUCUCUCCAUCUUAGAUCUGUGCUAUACCACAAGCACAGUCCCUCAUAUGGUGACCAAUAUUUGUCGCAACAAAAAGACCAUCAGCUACGGUGGCUGUGUGGCACAGCUCAUCAUCUUCCUGGCCCUGGGAGCUACCGAGUGUCUCCUCCUGGCCGUCAUGUCCUUUGACAGAUAUGUGGCUGUCUGCAAACCGCUGCACUAUGUAGUUAUUAUGAAUCGCUGGUUCUGCUUAAGAAUGGUAGCCUUCUCAUGGUUCACUGGCUUUGGUAAUUCAGUGCUGCAGUCUUCCUUGACCCUUAGCAUGCCGCGCUGUGGUCACCAGGAAGUGGACCACUUUUUCUGUGAGGUGCCUGCCCUUCUCAAGUUGUCGUGUGCUGACACAAAACCUAUUGAAGCCGAGCUCUUUUUCUUUAGUGUGUUAAUUCUGCUCAUUCCAGUGACAUUGAUCCUCAUUUCCUAUGGCUUUAUAGCUCAAGCAGUAUUGAGAAUCAGGUCAGCAGAAGGACGACGAAAAGCUUUUGGGACAUGUGGGUCCCACAUGGUUGUGGUGUCUCUCUUUUUUGGUACAGCCAUCUACAUGUAUCUACAACCACCUUCAUCCACCUCUAAGGACUGGGGAAAGAUGGUCUCCCUCUUCUAUGGGAUCAUCACACCCAUGUUGAACCCCCUUAUCUACAGCCUUAGAAAUAAAGAUAUGAAGGAGGCCUUCAAGAAGGUGAGGCCAAGAAUCUUUUUCUGUAAGAAAUAA